GGUGUAGCUCACUGUAGCUUUAGGCCACGUGAUUAAUUUUUUUAUUCUAAUAAAUUAUAUGAAAAGCACGCUUAAACCACGCGUGCAAAGUACUUGUUAACCCCGUUUAUUAACAAUACAAUAUAAUAAAAUAUAACAACAACAAUAAUUUUAUUAAAUUAUAAAUCAAUAAUUUAAAAUUCAAUAUGACAGACGAUGUGCCUGAUUUGGUGUCAAAUGAAGACCAACAAAUGGAGCUUAAUGAAAGCAUUGACAAUAGUGGAGAUGAUUGGGAUGAAAUUGAUGACAUGACAAAUCCCUUCAUUUGUUUAUUUUGUACUGAUGAAUUACAAGGUUUCCAAGAGGGUAUGAAGCACUUGAAAACAUGUCACGUUUUUGAUAUGCCAAAAUUUAUUAGUGAGCAACAACUUGAUGAUUAUUCCUAUCGUAAAUUUAUUAACUUUGUCAGAAAAAAUAAACCAUCACCACUUGAAUUAUCAAAGUCAAAUAAUACUUGGCUUGAUGAUGCUUAUUUAACACCAGUUAUUCAAGAUGAUGCUUGGUUAAUGUUGGAUAUUGAAGAAUUUGAGUAUCAAAAAUCCAUUGAAAGCUCAACAAAUUCAGCAUCAAUUAAUAUUGAUAAUGGAAGUGAUAAUGUACAAGUUGAUGAAUUAAAAAAAACAAUUGCAUUGUUAAAAGGACAAUUGAAUGAACGUGAGACUGCUUGUUAUUUAGCAAAACAGCAAAUUGAUGAGAUGCAAAAGAAAAUACAAAAUAUUGUAUUAGAUAAUGAUGAUGAUGAUGAGAUUCCUCCUUCAAAGAGAUGUGUUAAAAAUGUUAAACUAGUUGAUGAUGAGGGUUAUUUUAAUACAUACAGUCAUUUUGCAAUACAUCACGAAAUGUUAACAGAUACUGUGAGAACUGAAAGUUAUCGUGAUGCAUUAUUAACUAAUUCUCAUAUAUUUAAAAAUUGUACAAUGCUAGAUGUUGGUUGUGGUACUGGUAUAUUAUCAAUGUUUGCUGCUAAAACAGGAUGUAAAAAAGUAUUGAGUAUUGAUCAAUCAGAUGUUAUUUAUCAUGCAAUGGAUAUUGUAAGAGAAAAUAAUUUAAAUGAUAUUAUUGAAUUAAAAAAAGGUAGAUUGGAAGAUAUUGAUAUUGGUGUUGAUAAAGUUGAUGCAAUUGUAUCUGAAUGGAUGGGAUAUUUUUUGUUAUUUGAGGGUAUGUUGGAUACUGUUAUUUAUGCUAGAGAUCAUCAUUUAAAACCUGGUGGUAAAUUAUUACCAAAUAGAUGUACAUUAAGUGUUGUUGGAAGUGGUGAUACCAAACGUUAUAUUGAUCUUGUUGAUUAUUGGUCAAAUGUUUAUGGUUUUAAAAUGAGCUGUAUGAAAGAAAAAGUUGUUAAAGAACCAAGCAUUGAAAUUUGCAGUGCAAAAGAUAUUAUAACAACAGUUUCACAAAUUCAAAAUUUUGAUUUAUACACUGUUGAUACAAAUUGUGUUAAUUUUAGUUCACCAUUUGAGCUUAAAGUUAAAAAAACAGGCUCAUUAACAGCAAUUGUUGGUUAUUUUGAUGUAUUUUUUGAUUUGGAUAAUCCAAUUGAAUUUAGUACUGGACCACAUGCACAAUCAACACAUUGGAAACAAACUGUUUUUUCACUCAGUGAACCAAUUAGUAUUACUGAAGGUGAAACUAUAACUGGUAAACUUAUCUGCCAGAGACAUCCCAAGGAUAUUCGAGCAUUAAUUGUCACUCUUUGUGUAAAAAAUAUUCGUCAAGUUUUUUAUUUAGAUUAAACGUAAUAAAUAAAUAAAUAUAUUUUAACGAAUAACACACAAUUAAACAAUA